AUGCGUCUCUUAGAACUGCAACCAAAUGGGAAAAUCUGCCUAACCAGAUAUUUCCUCGAGAACGCGAUCCCUCAAUAUGCCAUUCUGUCGCACACAUGGGGAGAUGAGAGCGAAGAGGUCACCUUUCAAGACGUGGUCGAAGGUACUAACCAGGGCAAGGCUGGGUUUGAAAAAAUCAAAUUCUGCGGAAAACAAGCUGCUAGAGAUGGAUUGCAAUACUUUUGGGUUGACAGUUGUUGCAUCGACAAAUAUUCUAGCACCGAGGUUGCCGAAACUAUCAAUUCUAUGUUUCGGUGGUACCAGAACGCAGCCAAAUGCUACGUUUAUCUCACUGAUGUUUCCAGCCCGCUCUACGGCGACCACGAUAAGGUCACCCAGUUGCCUUGCGAAUCAGCUUUCCGGGCAAGCAGAUGGUUCAAACGGGGCUGGACACUCCAAGAGCUCCUUGCUCCGCGGUCGGUCGAAUUCUUCUCCAGAGAAGGUAAUCGAAUCGGUGACAAGACAAGUCUAGAAAUACAAGUUCACGAGGUGACUAGAGUUAAUGUUUUAGCGCUUCGAGGAGCUUCUUUAUCUCAAUUUGGUAUACAGGAGCGAUUGUCGUGGGUAUGUGAUCGCGAAACUACACGCGAAGAAGAUUCUGCUUACUGUCUUUUGGGUAUUUUCGAUGUCUGUACGAAGGCGGGCGGCAUUAAAAAUCGUCCAAUUUGCUAA